CCGGACCCCCUCUCCUCCUCCUCCUCCUUCUCUCCGGCGGCUCGGCCAUGGCCUCCCUCCUCUGCCUCCUCCUCGCCACCGCCGCCGCCACCGCCACGUCGCCGGGCCGGCUGGUCCCUUACGACCUGCUGUACGCCGACGGGGUGCGGGCCUACUUCUCCCGGGACUGGGGGCGGGCGGCCGAGCUGUUGCAACGCGCCCUCCAGAGCUACGCGGGGCUGCGGGCGGCCCGCCGAGCCUGCCGUGCCUCCUGCCGCCGGGAGGCGCCUUUCCUGGGCGGGCCGGCGGCGGAGGAGCCCUGGGAGGCCGCUCUCUUGGGCCGGGUGCUGCAGCGGGCCGACUGCCUGCAGCACUGCCUGGGCCGCCGGCUGGGCACCGCCACCUCCGCACACCGGGCCAGCCCCACCAUCCGCCGGGACUUCGAGCAGAGGGAGCCUUACAACUACCUACAGGUGGCCUUCUUCCAGCUGAAGAAGCUGGACCAGGCCGUGUCCGCUGCCCACACCUUCUUCGUGGCUAACCCCCAGCACCUCCAGAUGCGGGAGGACAUGGAGAAGUACCGGCGUAUGUCGGGGGUGAAGUCGGAUAACUUCCGAGACCUGGAGGCCACGCCACACUGGGAAGCGUAUGAAGCUGGGGUGCAGCACUACAAUGCAGAUGAGUACCUGCAGGCUGUGGCCAGGCUGGAGGAGUCACUCAGAGAGGCGCUGUCAGCACUGGAAGAGUGUCGUGCCCUGUGUGAAGGUCCUUGGGAGGAUGAAGACGAGGAGGAGGAGGAGGAGAUGCAACCUGGCCUGUACGAAGCCAUUGCAGCCCAUUAUGUUCAGGUUUUGAAGUGCAGACAGCAGUGCGUCCUUGAAAUUGCCACAAAGCCAGGGCGGAUUUCUGCCACGGAAGAUUUCAUACCCUCUCAUCUUGAUUUACUGCAGUUUGCCUACGAUCAAGUUGGGAACCAGGCACUGGCUGCUGAAUGUGCUGCUUCCUACUUACUCUUCUAUCCCACGGAUGAGCCAAUGUUGGAGAAAAUGAAACAGUAUCGCACAGAAUUGGGAGAGGACACAGCUGUCACAGCCAGAGAGAGUAUUCAACUUUAUGUGCAGAGAUCUUUGAUGGAGAAGAAGUUGAUUUAUUAUGCGGUGGAACAUCUAGGAGGAACUUUUAAUGACCCUGAUCUUUGGACUCCAGAUGAGCUGAUUCCUGAAAACCUGAAGGAAAAAUACAGAGGAUCAGGAGAAGCAAAAGCAGGAAACCCUGGAUAUGGAAGAGAGCGAGAAGAGGGAGCACUGUGGCUGGAGAAGCUGAGAGCAGUGGUGCCUGAAUACGUGACAAGCCUGUGGACGUGCAGAUCCCUGUUCAGUGUGGCAGGAGUGUCUACACCAAAUCUGGGUCAACUCCACCAGCCUGACUUCAAACAACAUUUUUCUGAAGGGUCCAAGGAGAGAUGGGGGGAAAUGGAAACCGGAAACACACUAUUUGGCUUGGCAGGUCCUUUGCCUUUUGAGGGUAUUGCUGUCACGAUGGAUUCCCGCCGGAUGAAUGGAACCCAGAGGGUUGUGUUCGACAGGGUGCUGACAGAGUCUGAGUGUAAGGACCUUCUCCGGCUGACAAAGGCAGCAGGAGAAGCAGGAGAUGGCUACCGGGCAAGACGGUCACCUCACACCCCACAUGAGAGAUUUGAAGGGUUAACUGUUAUGAAGGCCAUGGAGCUGGCCCAAAAUGGGGACGUGGACUGGAGAGACGCCAAAUUGCUUCUGCAGGCCAGUGAGAAGUCACGAAAAAUCAUAGAGUCCUAUUUUACUCCUGGAAAGAAACUCCAUUUCUCAUUCACACAUCUUGUGUGCCGCACGGCCGUAGACGGGGAACAGGAAGGUCGCAUGGAUCUUAGUCAUCCUGUCCAUGCUGACAAUUGUCUUUUGGAUCCUGAGGGGCAAGAGUGCUGGAGAGAACCGCCUGCCUACGUGUACAGGGACUACAGUGGCAUUCUCUACCUCAAUGAUGACUUCCAAGGUGGGGGCCUUUUCUUCACUGAAAUGGACGCUGUGACUGUCACAGCUGAGGUGCAUCCUAAGUGUGGGAGGCUGGUGGCCUUCAGCUCUGGCAAGGAGAACCCCCACGGCGUGUGGGCAGUGAGCCGCGGCAGGCGCUGCGCCAUCGCUCUCUGGUACACACACUCCCAGGAGCAUGCUGAGCAGGAGCGGGUGAAGGCAGAGGAGCUGAUGGAGCAGAGGGCUGUGGAGCAGGACCAGCCUGAUGAAGAAGAACGCCAGGCUGAGCAGAGUGGCAGAUCCUCCUCAGAGCUUCCCGUUUCCAGCAGCGGAGCCAGGCCUACGAGCCGGAGACACAAGCCUGGCUCAGACAGGACGCAGCAACCCAAGGAGCUGCGGGCCAGAGAUGAGUUCUGAGCACAAGGGGCCUCAGGGGCAGGACUGGCACACACCAUGGCCUGGCAGGUCUUGGUAGCACCGGGGCCACAGAGGCCUGGAGAAGUGUAUUAGCAUGCUAGAGACGUAGUGAUGGGGAGGGAUGCAGCUUUCUUCCCUGUGACAUCCCAGCAGCUGCAAAAUGGCAGCAGGGACAUUGAAGUCCCUGACAUAUUAAAAGUCAGUGACACCAGGAACUUUCUUCACUUCCUCGCCAACAUGUUUGUAUCCCUCAGAAGUGAAAAAGCAGGGUCUCCUCAGUGCCAGCUUCUUGGUCAUCCAGGAUGAAAUCCAGGAGGGGGAGGAGGAGCCUGGGAUCUUUCAGCAAGGGCUGUGCAACAUUCAAGAACUCAAAGCAGAAGCCUGUGAAUUUCCUAGGCACCUGCAAACUCCAGAAGCUCACAAUUGGUCUGAGAGGGAAGGUGAGGGACUGUGAACAUACGGAAUAAAAGCAAAAUGCUGGACACAGA